AUGUUCAUCAAACCAGGGCGCUUGUGGGCGCUUCUGUUUCUUGCUCUAGUUGUGCAGCUCGCGACUUCUCGCCAUGUUCGGAUCACGGCGCGACAGGACAGUGGCGAGAUCUCAACCACAGCAACAGACUCGGAGCCCCAGCGAACAACAGAGGUGACGGGGUCGAACGAGGAAGACUCUCGCACCGGCGACCAAACCACGGAAACGCCUACGCGAAGCGAGGAUGAAGCUACAUCGACGUCGACAGAUGCUUCAGAGACCCCGACAGCGACCGUGGGCCCAGAUAAGCCCUUCGACAACUCGACCUUUUACGACAUUGAUAUUCCCGACGGAGAGCUCCCUCUUACUCCCAAAAUAACGCCUGGUUGGGGUGUUGCUGGUGCUUUCAUGCUCAUCACGGGUGUUAUAUACACCUUGGUCGGCAUUCGCAAUCGAUACAUCCAUACUUUCUUCUCCACGGCCUUCCUCGUGGCACUCGGCAUCGCAGUGCUCAUCGUGUACGUUAUGAACGUUCCCGUGAGCCGGGCGCUGCAAGGUGGUUACGUUGCGGCAGUUAUCAUUCCUGGUUGCAUUGUCGGAGUUGCCUCCAUCUUCUUCAAAGAGUUGACUGAAGGGCUGGGCUGCGCCCUCGGCGGUUUCUGUGUGAGCAUGUGGCUCAUGUGCCUGGUCCCAGGUGGAUUGCUCGGCUCAGUACCAGCCAAGGCUAUCUUCAUCGCCGCCUUCACGUGCGUUGGCUUCGCUUUCUACUUCAGUAGGUAUACCCGCGACUGGGCACUCAUCACCAUGAUCUCCUUCGGUGGAGCUACCGUGACGGUCCUGGGGAUCGACUGUUUUAGUAGAGCAGGCCUCAAGGAAUUCUGGGCCUAUGUCUGGCAGCUCAACACGAACUUGUUCCCGCUAGGCGCGGAUACAUACCCCGUCACCAAGGGUAUCCGAGUCGAAACAGCCGCAAUCAUCAUCAUUUUCCUCGUCGGUAUCAUUUCGCAGAUCAAGCUCUGGCGCAUCGUCCGAGACAAGAGACAGAAGAGAGCUGCUGAGAGGGCCGAGGGCCAGCGCACACUUGAACAGGAAGAAGCAGUUGUUGGGCGGCAGAUCGAGGAAGCCAACGCACGCGAGCGAAGGGAAUGGGAAAGAGCGCAUGGGGACGGCGAACUCGGGAGCUCUACGGCAUCACGCAUUUCCGGGGAUGCGGGCAGCGAGAAGAAGCUGGCAGGCAGCUAUGGGCACCAAUCUGAAGUGGAAGUCAUUGAGAUGGGGGACAUGCCGGAAUUGGACCGUGGCCGAGACGGACCAGAACCCCUCACAGAGAAAGACGCCGAUGGAAAGGUUAUUAUUCGGGUCGCUGCCGAUGAUGAUAUAGAGUGUCGACCAAGGUCGCCCAGUAUUGCGCCGUCCGCGGGCCCCCGUGGGGUCUCAUCUUCCGGAGCCAACCUCCAAAGGCAGUCUCGAAUUACAGUUGGCUCGGCGCCUGAAGUUGUCCCCUUACCUUUUACGGUUCCUGAGCAACCUGAAGGCCUCGACGAAUCCAAGUCUUGCGACUCGCCGACUGAGCGAUCUUCCGUGGCGACCUUUGCUGAUGAGCAGGACGAUGUCGACGUCAAGGCCCAUGGUCGUCACUCCUACUUGGCAAAACGACUAUCUCAGGGAUCAUCGAAGCUGCUGCGGAACUUGUCGACUCAUUCUGCGCCCAAAAGAGACACGUCUACAGCGGAACACGGCGAGAGCUCAGAAGAUUUGGUAAUUCCUCAUGGCGACCGAGGCGACGACGAUUCUUCCAUAGCCGCAACGCUGGACAACCAGAGUCUUGACGAUAGUCAUCGAAACUCGGUGGUGGACGCAGAGCCCAGCCCAGAGAUCGUGGUCACCGCACGCCUGUCCGGGCCAGAAGCUCAGGUCGACCGCGCAGCACGAAGCAGCUUAUCCGAAGACGAGAAGGUACAGGCGCAGAGCUUGCGUCCAGUUUCUACGGAAGCUGGUUGGGCUUCAUUGGAAGCUUCGAGCAGAGCGCCAGGUGGAGGCGAGACGCCGACUGUCGCUGCCAGCCGCAUAGAUGAACCAGAAUCCUCGCAGAACGACCAACCAGACAAAGCAAAGUCUGUCUCGUCUGGCCUGUCCUCACGGCACAGUCUCACCAAAGACCGACUGCCUCGCUCAUUGUCGAAAGUAGCACUCUCCUACCGCACCAAUGAGUGGGCAAAGCAUCUCAGCUACGCUGACGCCCCUGAGCCCGAUGAGCUACAGGUCACCGAAGCUGUGAAGCCGACCAAGGUCAAAUCGAAGAAGGAGCGCCCAGCCCCGGUCAAUUUGGAGGAACUACAGCAAACCACGGAAGAUGGUAUCCCACCCCUUUCGAAUGUUCGCUCUGACUCGCGACUCCACCCCAGAGAUUCGCGACAAGGCCUUUCACCCAGCUUGAGUGCGCCAGUGGGCACUCCUGAGCAGACCUUAAGCCCACCGCCGCAACAUUCCACAGGAAGCGGCAUGCUCCGCCCGUCCUCCUCAUUAAUGGGGUUGCCUAAGUCAUGGACAAACUUCGAACCCAUUGCGGAGGAGCAUGACUUGCCCCCCAAUGCACAAGACUAUUCGGCCACGCCAGUCUCCGAAAAUGCCGACACGCGCUCGCUUGCGGCCAGUCCACGUCCCGAGUCCCGAAGGGCAUCUGUCGUGCCAGCCGUCGUCUCCUACUCGAAUCCCCAAACGCUGCUGGGCCAACGCGAGAUGUUCCUGCGUAGCAAGUCCCAAGGCAACCUUCUUCCUCAAACCCCAGAGUUUCAAGGUCGUCCUUCAAGUGACGCCGGCUCAUUGAGCAACUAUCCCAUGUACUCCGCAGUACUGGCUGCCGAUCCGGAUGAAAUGCCUCUCAGCCAACGCAAGCAGAUGAUGCAUCGUCACAGCAGCAUGAUGUCUCUGUCAGGCACACAUCAAAAUCAAGAGCAGCAGGCAUCAAUGGCACCUCAAGCCGCUCACAGGUCAAGCUCGGGAUUCGACCUCUCCACCGGGAGCGCCUCCUUUGACUCGCAUCAGCCAAAGAGGAACUCAUCUGUCCCAACCCCGGCCGCCCGUCAAGCGCAACUCGCCCAGUUCCGCUCCUCGGUGGCGCAAGAUCUCCGAUCCGGCUCGUCAAUGCUGAACAACCCUGGUCGCGAGACUCCUUUCUCAUCGACUAAUAAUCUUCUCGGGGGCUUGUCCGGUCGCGAGGCGGAAGUGCAGCGCAACAUCCAACUACAACGCAAUCUGCUUCUGGGGCAGAAGGAGGCUGAAGCACAGCGAAAGGAGAUGCAUCGACAAAAGAAGGAAUGGAGUGACCGGGCAUUUGAUGAAGCAAUGCGAAGCGGGGAGCUAAUGGAUGCACACCGCGAGGCCAUGAGAAAAAUGCAGUCAGGGGCCAAAUAG